GUUCGUUUUUUGUUUUUGGAACUCACAGCUUGCCGUAGUAUAUUUGACAACAUUGGCAAACGUGCUGUAAUCGUAGCUAGCGUGCUAUCAAGUAUAACUCGUGGCAUCAUGAAGCCGCCUUCCCGCGUUCGAGCUAAACCGGAUCGGUAUUCACACAGAAAAAAAAUAGAUCUGAAAAAGCAUCGGAAGAAGAGAUUGAUUUGUGGAUCAUGGAAACGAACGGAGCAGCGUAACCUCUUGAUAGGUCUUCGUAAGCAGAGCAAGUGCACCGGAGGCACCGGUAACAUCAACUUCAAAGCACUGAAUCAAAAGAUUCCCCAGCGCACUAUCCAAGAGUUAGAGACCAUGGUGGAGACCCUGAAGAGCCACGCGGUGACGGUGACGGUGCAGCAGCUGAGCCGCCAGCGGAGGAUAGCGUUGGCGGCCAGGGUGCCCAUCGAGGUGUGGAGCCAGCUGGCCGAGGACGCGGCUGGAUCCGUGGUCGACCCCGUCACCUCUGCGUUCUCCCAGAUGAUGUUCCUCUGCUCCACGGAGCCCCGAAGCCUCAGAAACUCUGACCCUCCCCGCAGCGACCACUGCGAGGCUCAGGUCCCCUCCGACGCGCGCACCAUCCCUUUCAGACCCAUGCCCAUGCCCAACCCCGCCCGGGUCACCCUCCCCACCCCACCCAAGACACAAGCCAGAAGGAUGGCCGGCCAGCCUCCGUCACCCUCCCCAUCCCCCGCCAACCCCUCGGGGGGGCAACCCCCUUCUGCCUCCCCGUUGGUCGGUUCCACCUGUAGCUCGACCAAUUGGGGAGCCACCUCGACUGUUUCCACUUCCGGGAUCGCCAGCACCAGUGAGCCUGGCCCGUCUGCCACAUCGACCACUGUGACUCCAGCAAGGCUUCUCUCUAGUUCCCCGGAGUCGGGAUGUGGAAGACUGCAGUCGAACUCUCCCGCUUCCAUCCUUCCCCUCGGUCAAGCUGGAGGAUCCAGCACAACCUCAGCCUCCCUCAGGGACUCAGCUGAACAAUCCUCUCCCCUGUUGGCUUCUUCCUCCACCUCUUCCUCCUUCAACACCACCACUACCUCCUCCUCCAGUACCUCCACUACCUCCUCCUCCUCUACCAGCCCCUCCUCCUCCACGACCACUUCCUCCUCCUCCACCACCCCCUCCUCCUCUAACACCACCACAUCUUCCUCCACCAGGUUUGGGCGGACCAGUAAGUUCGCCCAGAAGGACUCUCCCAGAACCAUGGGUUUGCGUUGCAUUGUGGACUUUGAGAAAAUCUACUCGUACCUCAGCCAAGUCCACAAAGUCAAGCAGGAGCACUGCCUCACCCCUAUGGAGAGCGCUGUUGUGCUCGAUCUCCUGCUCUCUCUACCUGAGGAGCUCCCCCUGCUGGACUGUGUUAGAUUGGAGCAGCACAUGAUCCAGGCACACGCCAGCCUCACGUCUCCCGUGGACCUCUGCGAGGCCAGAUCCAAAAUGGCCGCCCGGGAGGCACAAGAUGGCGGAGGGGCAGAGCCAGUGGGGGUCUUUCACCAGGCCCAGGUGAGCGGGGGAAGGGAGGCAGGCAUUGGUCCUCUUCCAGAUGGCCAGGUCAGAGACGGGUUGCAGCCCACCAAUCAGGGAGAGGCUGCCGUGGCAACGGAGGCCCCCGGCUACCUGGUCCCUCCUCGUUCUGUUGCGAUGGAUGCUGCCCAACUGCAGAGGGCGACCGCUGGCCGUGAUGGACACCCUGAUGGCCAAUCGCUCGCGUCUCAGAACGCUUCCUGCCAAUCGAAGAGCAGCAGCAGAUGCCAGGAGGAGGUGACCAAUGGGACGGCGACGGUGUGCCCUCUUAACCCUUUCAUGGUGCCGUUACAGCUGUUGGCACGACGACAGACCCAGUAGGCCGGGAGAUACGGGGGUUGCUACGGCAACCGAGUCGUUUUACUUUCUAACUUUUGACGAGGCAGAAAAUGGCGGCGUUAAUGCGUCCAUGUUCCUGUGGCCAUUAAUCUGUUAAAAGUGCAAAAAUAUUUAAUAUGCGAUGAGUUAAUGGCAGAAAAUGCUUUUCGAGUUUCAGAUUUCUUCUGCUGGAUUGGAAUAAGAAUAAAGUGUAUUUAACCGAGUGUGUCUACUAUCUUUCAUCUUUUCAUCU